CCCAUUUGACGUAUCGCAGACAAUACAAAACAAGGCCCGCGGCGAAGAAAGACACACUCAGCAACUCCCUUCAACGGUGUUUUAUUUGUUUCGCAAUUGUUCGUGGCGAAUGAAAAUGUUUGAACGGUAUCUAGCUGCCCUGCAGUACACCGGCACCCAGCCCGUCAAUAUCGAUGAUCCGAAGGAAUUUCGCUCGCUGAUCUCAUGGCUGGAGGACCAGAAGAUACGCCACUACACGAUCGAAAACCGGGAGCAGCUGAAGCAGCUCGGCUCGGUUGACGUGUGGGACGCGGCGUACGACAAGUACAAGACCGAUGUCGGUCUGCCGUACGAGCUGGCCACGCGCCAGGAGCAGCUGACCUGGCUGCUGCUGCACGCCGUCCGGCUCGAGUACUCGGACAACGUGGACACGUACCGGCCGCUGAGCGGGGCGCGCAAGGCGGAGGCCGAGCAGAAGAAAGCGACCGCGCCGGAGGUGAAGUCGACCAACCCGUUCGACAGUCUCGACUUCACCAACGCCCAGUUCGAGGAGGGUGCGCGCAAACUGGCCGACCGGCUCGGCAUAGCCUACCAUCCGGACCAUCUGGUGUCGCUGCGGGCGGCCGGCCGCGUCAUUCACGACUGUCUGAACCGGGAAGCGCUGAAGGAGCCGCUCAUCACCGGGCAACCGUACGUUGGGGUUGGGGCCGCCGCCGUCGGCAGUAAUGGAACGCCGGCUGGCAAACCGCCGACGCCCGCGCCCACCGAACGGGAGGUGGAAAAGGCCGCCCAGAUACUGCGGUUGCUGCAGAUACGGAACAUGCGCUCGCUGCAGACGACGAUAAACGAGACGAUCGUGGCGGUGCAGAACGUGACCGCCGAUCCGAAGACGGACUCGGCGCUGGGGAAGGUGGGCGUGUAGUGGGCAGCGGGAAGCAAUACUUGUGAUACGUACAACUGCGUACAUACUUAAACUAUGUUAUUAAUUAAUAAAACUCCGGUCAAUCAUUGUUUCUAUUUAA